CUCUCACACUCACAUUGAGAUGGAUCAGCGGAAGCGACAGAACGGUCGCGGUGGCGGCCAAGGGCCCAAGCGCAGCAAGGCGGAUGAACCAGUGCUGCGUGAUGAUGCCAGUGAGGUUGAGCGACAGUUUUUUGGCUACGCCAAACGCUUGACUGAUAAGCAUGAUCGAUAUGAGCGCCUGGUCAAGUUGAGCCGAGAUGUGACCAUUCAUAGCAAGCGGGCCAUCUUCAUCCUGCAUCGUAUCACGGCAGAGAAUAAAGACACCACGCUGCAGGAGGCUCGAGAGAAGCUGGUAGAAAUUCGCGAGAACCUGCGUGCCAUCGCUCGUGAACUACAGGGCCAUGACCCCUUUCUCUACGCUCGAGCCUUUUCCCCUGGUCUGCAAGAAUACAUUGAAGCCGCCACCUUCCUGGCUUUUAACGAGGAUGGCCGUCUGGCCACAUUGGCUGAGCUCGAAGAGGCCAUCGCUCAACCAGAAAAGCCUUCUGAGCCCGUGGAGGGCGACGCAGGUGCUGAGGCGCCCGUGGCACUGGCCAUCCCUCCCUUGGACUACAUCCUGGGUAUUGCCGACCUCACCGGUGAACUGAUGCGCAUGUGCAUUAAUAAUCUUGGUGAUGAAGCUUUAACGAGCUCCAUCAUGACCUUUGUGCGCCAAUGUUUUGAUGCCUUUCGCCACCUACCCCACCGAAUGCACGAUAAGGACUUGCGUUUUAAGAUCGAUGUCCUUGAAAGCUCAUUGAAGAAGAUUGAAAACGCCUGCUACACGCUGACGGUGCGUGGGACGGAGAUUCCCAAAGAUCAGCUGCUGGACAGCCUCCGUCACCAAGGAAGUGGGGCAGAUGACAACUGAUGCGUCGGUCCUUUCCGGCAAGCUACACUGACAACAUGCAAGAUGGUUGUGCCGUUUCAAGACGCAGCAGGGCCAGCCUGGCUUUCCAUCACCAUGGUGGAUGAAACCGAUAUAAAAUUGAAUUGUCCAG